AUGAAAGAAGAGUACGGAUUAUUUGUCUGGCCGUGUAGCAUUGUUCUAGCUGAGUAUGUCUGGCAGCAAAGAUCGCGCUUUUGUGGAGCUAAUGUAGUCGAGCUGGGGGCUGGAACUUCACUGCCUGGGCUAGUUGCUGCCAAAGUGGGAGCUGAAGUCACCCUAACUGAUGAUGUUAACCGAAAGGAGGUGCUGGCUAAUAUGAGGAAAGUGUGUGACCUGAAUAAUAUCAAGUGUCAGGUGCUGGGACUUACAUGGGGAUUGUGGGAUGCUCCUAUAUUCACCCUGUGCCCCAAUAUCAUCCUUGGAGCCGAUGUGUUGUACGAAACAACUGCAUUCGAUGAUCUCUUUGCCAGUGUGGCGUUUCUGCUCCAAAAGUGUCCAUCAUCCGUUUUUAUAACAACUUACGACAGCAGAAGUGGGCAUCAUCUCAUUGAGUUCUUGAUGGUUAAGUGGGGAUUAAAGUGCGUGAAGCUUCUAGAUGGGUUUUCAUUCUUACCGGCAGACAAGGCAUCUGGAUUGAGUGGAAACAUACAAUUGGUGGAGAUAACUUUGGAAAGGCGGGCUGAUUAA